GAAUGAACUAAAUAUCCAAAACAAAACAAAACCGGAAAUGGAAGUUCGUAAUUGAAGUCACAAGUUGUCAUGCAUUUGUCGUGUGGCGCUCUUACUGUACUCGCUGGAUAACUUUUACAAGUUUCAACUGGAAAGGAGUCGUAUAGUUUGUUAUGUAGCAACGUGAGCACCACACAAAACACCAUAAUGGCUGACUGGAGGACUUUUAAUGUGGUCAUUUUAGGUGUGGGAUUCUUGUUCAUCUUCACCGCCUUCACCACCUGUGGGAACAUAGAGCAAACUGUGGUGAAAAGUCUGCAAAAUGACACUUUCACAGGAAGUGGAUAUCACAGUCUGGGAAUCAUCUACGGGGUCUUCUCCUUUUCCAAUCUGGUGGCGCCGGCGGUGGUGGCGAUACUGGGGCCGAAGAUGACCAUGUUUGUGAGUGGGCUGCUUUACAGUGGCUACGUGGCCGUCUUCAUCGAGCCGUCCACGUGGUCCUUCUACUUGACGUCCGUGCUGAUUGGCGUCGGUGCUGCUUUGCUGUGGACGGCUCAAGGACUUUUCCUGGUGGAGAACUCGGAGGCUGCCACCAUCAACAGGAACACAGGGAUGUUCUGGGCUCUGUUACAGUGCAGCAUGUUGCUUGGCAAUCUGUACAUUUACCUGGACUGGAAUGGAAGAACAGAAAUACCAGACAGCAGUAGAAAGAACAUUUUCCUCUCCAUGGUGGUGGCUUCUGUGGUGGGGACUUUGUGCUUCCUGGUGCUCAGGAGUUCUCCUCCUCAAGAGGAGACCCUUUCUGAGGAGGAAGGAGUGUCCUUGCUCUCAUCACAUGUGGUGUACAGGCACAGAGCGAACACGGCCCUGCAAGAGAUCAAGGCGGACAUUCAGACCAUUCUGCAGCUGGUGAAGACCAAAACCAUCCUCCUCCUGAGUCCCAGCAUGGCCUACAGCGGCCUGGAGCUGUCUUUCUACAGCGGCGUGUACGGAACAUGCAUCGGAGCGACCGCGCAGUUCGGAGCGGCGGCGAAAGGCCUCAUCGGGAUCUCCGGCAUCAUGGUGGGCGUGGGCGAAAUCGUCGGCGGGGGCUUGUUCGGAUUGAUGUGCAAGAACAAUCGCUUCCGACGCACUUCGGUGGUCUUCCUAGGAAUGGUGGUUCAUUUCGUAGCCUUCUAUCUCAUCUUCCUCAACAUUCCCGAUGACGCGCCCGUUGUGUUCCACACCGUCACCCAGAAGAGCCCCUUUCUGACUCCAAGCGUGCCCAUCGUCCUGCUGUGCAGCUUCCUGCUGGGCCUGGGAGACAGCUGUUUUAACACGCAGCUCUACAGCAUUUUAGGAUGCGUGUACAUGGAGCACAGCACGCCCGCCUUCGCCAUCUUCAAGUUCAUCCAGUCUGUUUUCGCAGCAUUGGCGUUCUUCUACAGCGGCGACAUGAUGCUAACGUGGCAGCUCCUCCUCAUGGUCAUCCUGGGCUUCGGCGGCACCCUCUGCUUCUUUAUGGUGGAGCGUAUGUACAACUUCACCGCAGAGUCGCUGGAAUAACAAGUUUGAAAAAAACAACAAAAAAGCGUUAAUCUGUUCGCCAAUGCAGUUAUAUAUGCCUUAUUUCUCUUGUCAUCCUCACCGCCGCAGACCCCUCGCGGGUACUUUGCAUAUUUGCCGACGGCGUGACAUCACCCGCGCUGUGAUCACAGUUCAUUAACACUACACACGCUUUCUAACAUUUAUGACCACUUUUGCAUUCACCCUCAGCUCAGGUCUGACCACUUUUUUGGAAAUAUUUUAUAUGCAUCUUAAACUGUCACUUUAUUGCUUUUAUAGCUCAUCUUUUUUCUUUUUUUUUUUACUAUCAUAUAUUUCUCAGAAUAGGAGCGCUUCGACAAUCUCUGGUCUCCGUUUUGUACAUUAUUGAGUCUUAACAUUUGAAAACUCACACACUGUUUAUUUAAAAGCACUACUAACAAGCCAAAAUCACAUUUUUAUGGAAAAUAAAGCUAAUUUUUUCAUAUAAUAA